AUGUCACCAAACACCACGCCCAUUGAAAGAGCAGCAGUGCCUCCGGAGCAACUUGCGCUGGCUCGCGAAAUAUGUCGGCCGAAUCUGGUAAAGCAACUGAUGCGCGACAACAAGCUUGCACACUCGUUUGGCAUGCGCAUUGCAUUCUCCACAGAAAUGCCCUUGGUAGCUAAGCGCGCUGGAUAUUCUGCGGUCCUGAUGAAUCUCGAGCAUAUGGCCAUGAGCAUCGAGACCAUGAAAGAUGUCGCAGUAUCCUGCCUCAAUGUUGGAAUAACACCUAUGGUGGUUGUGCCUACGUGUUCCCAAGAGUGGAUUUCGCGAUGCCUCGAUUCAGCAGCACAAGCCAUCAUCGUGCCGCACGUCAAUAAUAUUGAGCAAGCCCAGAUGUGUGUUAAUGCUUCGAAAUUCCCUCCGCUCGGGCACAGAUCUGUGACAAUGGUCACUGCUAUGACUCAAUACACAACAAAUCUAAGUUACGCUGCCAUUGGAGAAGUUGUCAAUGAUGAAGUGAUGAUAAUGCCUAUGAUUGAGACCCAAGAGGGGGUUGAGAACGUUGAGGCAAUCGCAGCUGUUCCAGGAAUUGAUGCGCUGCUUAUUGGCUGUGCUGACCUUUGUAUGGAAUUCGGGAUUCCAGGCGAAUACGAUUCUGAGCUGUUUCACUCUCUGGUUGCGAGAGUGGCAGCAGCCGCUGAAAAGGCGUCUGUCGACGGACAAAAAGUCUUUGUCGGCCUCGGCGGACUAGAACCGCGCCCCGACUUGCUAGAGAACUUCGUCAAGAAACAUCCAUCGAUACGAUUCGCCAUGGCGGGGAGAGAUCUCGCCCUGCUACUUGCGGGUAUGAGCAAGCAGGCUGCAACAAUGAAUGAGAUUUCGUACAGGCUUUGA